UUUUCAUGAGAAGACUGCCAUUUUGAUUGUGAUAUCUGUGUCAUAUGUGGGCUUUGUGAAAAAAUAGGGCGUCCAUGUGUGUGAGCAGCAACACAUAUGAAGAAUUAAUUGUAAACGACUGGAUAAGUCAGAGUUACACGUAAAAUUUAUAUAGUUGCUGAUUGACUUGACCCAAUGCGAGACCUAGCGGACCAACGUGGACCCUCGGAGGGGUGAGAAUCUCGUGACAACUACGUGGUGAAUAAUCGUAGGUGGUAAAUAUGAUAAAGCUGCUGACUGGUGGAUUGUGAAUGGUCAAUUGGAUUCCCCUGGAUUAUGCUCUGUCAGCACUUGAUCGGUUUUGAAUUCGAGGGAAUCGUGAGAAGUUAAAAUUUUUAUUGCAGUUCCCUUGAAUAUUUGGAAUAUGGACAGCAAUAAGGACGAGGCAGACAGGUGUCUGGAUCUUGCUGAGCAGUACAUGAGGGAAAGCAGAUUCGAGGAUGCGGAAAAAUUCGUGAGGAAAGCUAUGAAACUUUAUCCCACCAAACGAGUGGAAGAAAUUCUCGCGAGAAUCUCAGUAUUGUCCAAGCAGAACAGGAAAUCAGAGCCGGAACCUGAACUCAGGAAACGCCAGGCCACCGCGACGAAUAAAGAAACUAGCCAACCACAGGCCAAUGCUGAUUACAGUAAGGAACAGUAUGAGUAUGUUAAACGAAUAAAAAAGUGCAAAGAUUAUUAUGAGAUAUUGGGUGUUACUAAGGAAGCCACUGACAGUGAAAUCAAGAAGGCAUACAAGAAAUUGGCCCUCCAGCUUCAUCCUGAUAAAAAUAAAGCUCCUGGUGCAGCCGAAUCCUUCAAAGCUAUUGGUAAUGCUGUGGCAGUAUUGACAGACCCUGAGAAACGUAAGCAGUAUGAUUUGUAUGGCUCAGACGAGGAUAGAAUGCAAUCAGCGCAUUCACGAUCGACUCAUACACAUUACAACUACUCACGGGGAUUUGAGACUGAUUUUACAGCUGAAGAAUUGUUCAACAUGUUCUUUGGGGGUGGUUUCCCACAGCAGGAGUUCUACAUGAGACGAUCUGGUGGCAGAUGGAUGAGGCAAACACCUGAUAAUCAACAGCAGCAUGCACACAGAGAGCAAGCCAAUGGCUACACUGCUUUCCUCCAAAUGUUACCGGUCCUAUUACUCAUAGUACUCACCAUGAUGAGCAGUUUCUUCAUCUCAGAUCCUGUUUAUAGUUUACACUCAAAUGCGAAAUAUUCAGUUCAGAGGACAACUCAAGACCACAAAGUGCCCUACUAUGUCAAGGAGAAUUUUCACAGCGAGUAUCAGGGCAGCUUACGUAGAUUGGAGAUAUCAGUGGAAGAUGAGUACAUGAUAAACCUCCGGAACGCUUGUUAUAGAGAAAAAAGUUACAAGGACUCAAUGGUUUGGAAGGCGAGAAACUUCGGUGAUGCCGAGCUAUUCCAAAAGGCGAAAAACAUGGACACCCCAUCGUGUCGAAAACUCCAGGACAUACACGCAAACUAGACAAUCCAUCCUACGUCUUAAAAUGUAGAUAGGUGUAUAAUAUACAUACAUUAUGUAUCAAUUAUCCACUUGAAUACUGUAGAAAACACUGGAGUGCAGCGUGAGAUGUGGCAGCUUGCUGUCAAAACCCCUGGAGCAAUUGAGUGCAGCUAUUACGUAUUUUCAUUUUUAUGUGUCACCCAGCGUACUCACAAAUGGUCACAGAAGCUAUCGAAAUUUAAAGGCUUCUCCUACUCUCCUCCACUUUCCUUUUCAUGUGUUUGUAAAUUUACAGUUUAUUUUGCCUAUUCUUUUAUUGAUAAAUAUCGUUUUGACGCGGAUUUAGCAGGUUUAUGUACAACAUGCACUUAUUUAUUUACAGCAUAUAAUCCAUCUAUGAUAAUUAAUAUUGAGGAAUCAUAAAAAUUGUUGUUUUA